ACAAAGAUGCCACCUGGCAAGCAGAAUAAAGUAGAGAUUGAAAGAGUUUGAGGCCUUACCUUUAUCUGCAUACCUUCUAAUGGUUCCUCCAUUAAAACAAGUCUGUGCCCAACGACUCCACCAAGAAAAUGAGGUGGCAUCCAGCCAUUCUUGUUCUCCUUCUUAUUUGUGCACUCUCGAAAUGGCUUCUUGCCACAGACAUACAGAUACAAGAUCCAUCGCUAGCUGGCAUGCCACUCUCAGAUGCCGAAUACAACCAUUUCUUCAAAACGCUGAACAGUCCACGUCGAGUCAGCGCAGUUUGCUUCUUGAGAUCCAUGUAUGGCUGCCAGAAUGCUUUGGUCCAGACUUUAGACCUGUACGAAAAUCAUGGAAUCGUCCCAGAAGGGAGGGUAUGUUCUGACCUGGCAGAAAUGCCCAGCUUUCCUGAUUUCUGCACCCUCACUUUUUAUCGCUGCACCUUGAAGAAGUAUUUUGUGAAGCGGAUUCAGUGUCCAGAUGAGAUCAGUGAAACAUCUUCAACAACACAAAACACCAAUCAAGAACCUGGAAAUACUGAAUCACCAUCUAUCCUAGAAGAGACGCCGCUUACCACCACAACAUUUCCUACACUUCUCACUUCUGCAUCACACACUCCCACAGCAGCAACAGGAGCCAUCACAACCAUUUCCGACACUGAAACCGUUCCUGAACUUCCCAAUAUUAUUUCUGAUCUUACUUCCACAAACCCUUUGUUUGAUCUGCCCACCUCUUCCAGUCCUGUCACAACUGACUCGGAAUCCUUGCUUGAGCUUCUCACCAGCCUUGAUGCGGUGAUAGCCGAGCAAAGUUUUCCUGAAUUAUUUACCACCACUCUUAACACAGAGGUAGAUUUUUCUCAGCACCUUAUGUCUGAUAUAUCUUCUCCAACCCCUGCUCCUACUCUUCUUUCCACUUCCAAUGCUAUGACAGCUACUCCAGUUACUUCUGUAUCAACUGUCACUGAACCCUCAUCUGAGCCUACCCCCACUGAAGCCACUACACCAGUGGGUUCUGUUUCUACAAAUCCUGUCAUUACUAUUGCCUCAGCCGGUAGCCCAACUUCGGCAUCGCCCACUCCCGUUGUCAUUGUCACUGCCACUGAAGCCACUACACCAUCAGUGGGUUCUGUUUCCACAAAUCCUGCCACUACUGUUACCUCAGCCAAUAGCCCAACUUCAGCAUCUCCUAGUCCCACUGCCACUGAAGCCACUACCACUGAAGCCACUACACCAUCAGUGGGUUCUGUUCCCACAAAUCCUGCCACUACUGUUGCCUCAACCAGUAGUCCAACUUCAGCAUCGCCUAGUCCCGUUGCCACUGGCACUGCCACAUCUACAUCUCCCUGUUCUUCCUCCCCUUCUCCCUCUUCUCCUACUGCUUCCAAAACGUCUGUGUUAUUGACCAAGCCCAUCAUCCCUAAAAGUCCUGCUCAUUUAUUGCCUCCUGCCAGAGUUGCUGAAUGGCCUAUUGUCCCAAUCUCUGCUGUUCUUGGACAGUAUCCCUUGCAGCCUACUGUCAUGCAGCUUCUUCUCCUUCCUCCUGGCUUUGGUCCUAGGAAGUCAAAACCUCAAGCAAUUGCCAUCUCUUCUCUGCUUCCGUUUGGAGCAAGGCCUGCUAAUAUUUGGCCAAAGAAAACAAUGCCUAAACCCCAAAUGAACUUACCAACUACUGCAAAAUGGGAGAAAUUCUUCUUACAAACAAAGCUGCCAACUGUUGCAAAAUUGGAGAAGUCUUUACAAAUGAACUCGCCAACUGCUGCACAAUGGGGGAACUUCUUAUCACGGCUGCGGGAUAAGAGAGUGCAACAGCUGAUGCAGAAAAUGCGAGAGUUGAUGGCUAAAGGGAAAGGUGUAACGAAACAGCUGUUGCAGUCCACCUCUCUGCAACUGCUCGCUGCCCUGAAAAAUGCCAAACAAAACUCUGUGGUUUCAUUAGUACCCAAGAAGCAACUUCAAAGAUGACAGCCACAUAAGCCGAUCACCUCUUUUGUACGCUAAGCAGGAUGCUAAUGGGCGGAUGUCUUGCAGCACCAUUACAUGAGGCCCUUCAGUAUACUUGCUUGUGGUUUACCUGAUUCCAUUCCUGAAUUCUUUCUAAGAUGUUCCCUAUCCCUUUGAGAUGACGGGAUCAAAGCAGAAAGGCUUUCCUCUGCAGAUUUGAAGGACUGAGGGACUUGGAAUUCUUUGAAACUGCACUAAGGAGGGUGCUUCCAGACCCCUCUUUAAUCUCUGUUAAAAUGAAGAAUCUCAUUGUUAACUGGGCUUCCUUUAAUUGAAAGGCCUCUCUGAUUUCUGAACGGAGGAGGAUAGAUUAUUUAUUCUUAAUUUCAGUUUGAGAUUGGACAUUAAAGAAACGUUUUGCAGAACUGAGCGCAGUUAGUUCGGAAAUUCUGCCUCCCCCCACCACCAAAGAGGUUGUCUCCAAGUAUAGUCAUUGACUUAAUGACCACAAGUGGAAUGGGAAUUUAUGUUGCUAAGCAAGGCUGUCAUUAAGUGAGUCAGGCUCGAUUUUAUGACCUUUCAUGCCAUGGACAUUAAGUAAACCACAGCAGUCAUUAAGUAAAUCAUGUGUUUGUUAAGUGAAUCCAUCUUUUCCCAUUGACUUUAUUUGUUGGAAGCCUCCUUGGAAGGUCGUAAAUGAUGAUCUUGUGGC